AUGAUUUUUCAUUAAAUUUAAAACAUCCAGUAAACUAUUCUUUUUUAAAAUUAGCUAGUCAGAGUCCUUGCAAAAGUUGGAGUUAGAUUUUUUGGGUUCAAAUUUGUUAUGUUAGAUUAUUAAGUUCUUUCCAAAAAAAAGUCAGAUUUUAAGGUUUCAAAUUCAAUAAAGUUUUCGAUUUUUAAGUUGA